AAUAAUCAUUUUUUCUUUUAAGAGAUAGUUUACCCAAAAAUGAAAAUUCUCUCAUCACAAUGGAAACCAGCCAUUAACCUGCCACACACACACACACACAAUGGCUCACAAAUAAAUUCAGAAAAAAAAGAAAAAAAAAAAACGCAUAUCCAACGGCAAAAAAGCUCAAAAGCUUUUGAUUCAUAAGCUUGUUUGAGACAGCCCUUGGGACAUAAUCACUGAAAUUGAGUAUAUUUUCAAGGCACCGCCACAUUUUCCAUAAAAUUAUUGUUCAGUGUGUGAAAUUAUCCUCCUGACAGCCCGUUUUAUCAGCCAGGCUGCAUAUAUGUUCGCCUUCACAAAGACUGAGGGCAUUUAAUGCUUCAAACUCCUUUCGUUAGAUGAGGACAGGUCACACUAUCAGAUGUGAAGGAGCAGAACUCAGACAGUCACACUGAAGUGGUCGCGCGCCACUGUGCGCUCGCUCGGUCACUUCGUAUAGAGGCAGCGCGGCACGCCCAGAGAGACGCACAGGGCACGAACACACAAAGGGAGGAACUGAUGGAGCAGAUACAUGACUGACUGUCCGGUGCUUUCUAAACCUGGAGGCAUACGGAAAAGUGAAGCUCACACGCUGUGUGAGAUGACCGUGAAACUGGAGUUACCGCGCGCUCUGCCAUGCUGAGCAUCUCAUUCACAAUCCUGCUGGCGCUCACCGCACCUGCCCGCUGCUCCCACAGCUGGAGCGACGAAGAUCUCCUGCUUCCACCCAUCAACUCCUCCGGCAGAUUCCUGGCCAGCCUGGAGGUGGAUGUGGGCUACUCGAAGAGGUCCGUGGAGGAGCCCGAAGCCUCGUCGCAGUGCAAUGUGAGCGUGGAGAGUCUCCCCACCAAACUCGUGGCGCGCUGGGACAGCAACUUCGGCUUCCAGUGCGACGUCCUCCUCUACAGCACCAACAACCAUGGCAAGGCCUUCUUCUCCGCCGCCUUCAACCGCGCGAUCUCCCCGGUGUACAUCGAGCACCUGGGCGUCACGGGCGGCCAGCAAGAGUUCCGACUGUGCGUCGGAUGCGGACUGUCCAGAUACAGGAGAUUCAGGCGAGGCAGGUCAGAAGGUCAACAGAUGGGCGACUCCGUCCAUUUCUGCUGUCUGGAUUUCGCUCUGGAUGAGCUGAAGGGGGACAGGAGCUGGAGACUCAACCGCAAACCCAUCGAGUCAACUCUCGUGGCUUGUUUCAUGACUUUAGUCAUAAUAAUAUGGAGCGUCGCUGCCCUCAUAUGGCCGGUUCCCAUUAUCGCGGGAUUUUUGCCCAACGGAAUGGAGCAGAGAAGGCCUAGGUAAUAGAAUAGAAUAGAAUAGAAUAGAACAAAUGAACCCUGUUCAAUGACUUGCCAACUUGAACAUCUUAUGCUUAGUUCCAUUACUGUUACAUUGGCAAAACAUGUAACACAUUUGCUUAAAUAGUGCUAUUCUUGUGUUUAAAAUAGCUAUAACAUUUCUGGAUGGAAUGAGAUAUUUUAUCAGGUUCGAUGUGUUAGUAACACUUUAAAGUACGGUUCUAUUUCUUAACAUUAGUGAACAACAUUAGUUAACAUGAACUAACAAUGAGCAAUACUUUUACAGCAUUUAUUAAUCUUUGUUGAUGUUAAUUUCAACAUAAUACAUUUUUUAAAAUCAAAAGUUGUAUUUAUUAACAUAAGUUAAUGCACAAUGAACUAACAAUGAACAAUAUGUAUUUUAUUGACUAACAUUAACAAAGAUUAAUACAUUCUGUAAAAAUAUAUAUUGUUCAUUGUUAGUUCAUGAUACCUAAAGCAUUAACUAAUGUUAAGAAAUGGAACCUUAUUGUAAAGUGUUACCGAUGUGUUUUUAUAAACCGAUUGAAAUAGGAUGUACACAUUAUGUGAAAUUCAGUGUCAUUUCAAAUGUUUGUAAUGUUUUUACCUUGAGAUUUCGGACUAUCUUCUAGUGUUUAUAGCCUUAAAAAUGGAGAACAUGUCUCAGGAAAAAAGCUCUUUUAGAAUGUGUAAAGACAUUUAGCAGAUUUUUGACUCUUAUUUAGUUGAUUGAGAAAACAGAUGCAGCGAUAUUGGUAUUGUCACAGGUUUUUCAAAUGUUUGAGGGCCGAUUUUUGUGUUUGUAUUUGUAUGAGCUAAUUAUAAUAAAACGUGUUUAGAAAUGUUUUACAUGUGCAAAGUUAAUUAUAACUCUGGUUUGAACAACAACGUAACCAGCGUUGGGUGUAAUCUGAUUACAAAGUCAUUAGUUAUUGUAAUCUAAUUACCUUUUCAUUAAAAAAGAAAAAAGUAGAAAAAAAGUCAUUUUAAAUCCUUGUAGUCAUAUUUCAGUUACUGACUACGCAUUACUUGGGUAACACAUAUUUCUCAAAUAAUAUUUUUUAUUCACUAAACAUAUAAAACAUGUGUAGGCAAUGUCUGUUUGAGAUUUUGUGACGCUGAAGGGACAACAACAAUGAACAAGGAGGAAAUAGAGACAUUAUUUGAAUUCACUGAGUGUUAUAUGGGAUGAAUAUAGUAUCAAAAUUAUCCACAAAUGCCUAAACAUCUAUUAAUUCAAUAAAUGUCACACUUGCAUCUUACUUUCCACACACAAAUACCUUUCAAAUUGUGUCUGUGAAAUUCCGAAUUAAAUGAAUGUGCACCUAUUUGUACAAAUAGAGACAUAUUUGUGAAUACAAAUGUUCCCUUUUGUAUAAAUGUAACACAAUUUGCAUGUCUAACAAAAGGAAGAUGUUCCAAAUUAAACACAAAAUGGCUUUGUGAAGCACUGAACGUGCAUUUGUGGAUCAAGUGACACAUGUGCAUUCAUUGACAUGUUUUUGUUUCUAUUCUGUUUUAUUUAUUUUAAGUUUGAUACUUUUGUUUCACUGUUUUUACAAUGGCCGACCCACACACAAAAAACUACCAAUGAAUAAGUCCUAAAUUCAUUCAUAAGUGUGGGCACAUCUACCCACCAAUUUGGGAAAAAUUCACAAAUGCUUGUUAUUAGCCUUAAACAAAUGUAUUUUAACUUGUAUCUGUGUAAUUUAUUAUUAAAUGAAUGUGCCAAUAUGU